CGGGUUCUGGGUCCGGCCCCAGAGACCCCCCCGCCCCCGCCCCACACCAGCGCCAUGGCCACCCGCUGGGGCAUCUGCUCCGCCGGCAAAAUCAGCCACGAUUUUCUGGUGGCCCUGAAGACCCUCCCGGCCACGGAGCAUCAGGCUGUGGCCAUCGCGGCGCGUGACCUCGCCCGGGCUCAGGAUUACGCCCAGAAACACGGGAUCCCUCGAGCGUACGGGAGCUACGAGGAGCUGGCGCGGGACCCCAACGUGGACGUGGUCUACGUGGGGGUCAUACACCCCGAGCACCUGCCCGUGGGGCGGCUCUUCCUGGGGGCCGGGAAGUCGGUGCUGCUGGAGAAGCCCCUGGGGAUGAACGCGGCGGAGGUGAGGGAGCUGGCGCAGCUGGCCCGGAGCCGCGGGGUCUUCCUGAUGGAGGCGUACUGGACCCGAUUUUUCCCAGCCUCGGAGCGGCUCCACUCCCUGCUCUCCCAGGGAGCGCUGGGGGAGGUGAAGGUGGUGAGGGCCGAGUUCGGGGCGCCCCUCUCGGGCUGCCCCCGGAUGGUGCAGAAGGAGCUGGGGGGCGGCGCCCUGCUGGACAUCGGCUGCUACUGCGUCCAGUUCGCCACCAUGAUCUUCGGGGAGAGACCGGAGUCCGUCCUCGCCUCGGGCUUCCUGCACCCCACUGGCGUUGAUGAAACGUCGUCCAUCAUCCUGAACUACCGGGGAAGGCGCCAGGCCGUGAUCACCUGCUCCAUGCUGACCUGGCUGCCCAACCAGGCCGCCAUCAGCGGCACCAAGGGCAUCAUCCAGCUCCCGUCCGAGUUGUGGAGCCCGACUGAGCUGGUGGUGAACGGGCAGCACGAGGAGUUCUCCCUGCCCCCCCCGUCCCAGCCCCAUAACUUUCCCAAAAGCACCGGGCUUCGUUACGAGGCCCAGCACGUGCGCCAGUGUCUGCUGAAAGGCCUGAAGGAAAGCCCCAUGGUGAGCUUGGCUCACUCCGAGCUGGUGGCCUCCAUCCUGGACGAGGUGCGGCGGCAGGUGGGGGUGACGUACAGCCAGGAUCGGGCCUGACCCCCGCUGCCCGGGCAUGGGCGACGGGGCCGGGAAGCCCGGUGUUUUGGAUGCGAUUGGAGGGUGCAAGGAGCAGCCGCGGGGAGGUAACAGGUCUCGGCUGCUGUGUGGCCUUUGACGUGGUGCCGGGCGACGCGGUGGUUAAAAAAAACCCUGAGGACACUGGAAAAUGAGCCCAUGAAAUGGAUUAAAACCCGGCUAACGGAG